AUGGAGCGGAGUGGCGAGAUGUCUUUGGAGGAGCGGCGACGCAGGCAGCGCCGACGCCGCCUCGCCGCGAAGCCGCCGGAGACGCGGCGUCGUCGUCUGCAGUACUCUCGGCGGCAUAACGAAAAGGACGGGCGACUGCUCUACUGUGACUACUGUGACCUCUUUGUGAGCAGCGGGCAGCGGCCGUGGCUGCAGCACCUGGGCGGCGUGCGGCACAUGGAGGCGAUGGAGUCGUACUACGCGACGGUGGAGGCCCGCGAUCCUGCGUGGGUGAACGCUCUCCGCGAGGAUGUGGCGCGGGCCCACGUGGAGGAGCAUGUGCGGCAGCACCACCUCUUGGCGGGGAAGGGGGCAUCGGUGCCGAUGCCCGCCAUGACGCUUGGCUACGUGGGCCACCAGGGCAUUGUUGUGGGGGGAACGCAACUGUCCAGCGCGACGCACGUCAGCGUGGGCAAGAGCAACAGCAACCAUCGCGGCGGCAGCAGUGCGCAACGCGGGUCCCCAUCGGUGCGUGUGGGUGGACUUCUUGUUGCGGCCGCCACACCCCCUGUGGUGAGGGUAGAUGGCAAGGCCUUGCCGCUGCCGCAGGGCAAGCAGACGAUGCACCGCCCCUGA